GCGAGCAAGACCAAUAUAUUCAUCGAAAUCGCGCGUUGACGCGAAUGGUGGCACUAGUGACAGGUGUAUUUAAUUUUGAAAAUACAUUCGAAUUUCGGGUUUUCUACAUUUUGAGCGAGUCUAAACAUGCUGAAAGUGACAGUAAAACAGGCCUCGCUGCUCUCUGCGAAUAAUUUGGUUUACGUGUGGCCACGUUGCUUUGGUUUAGCUGUCCAUUCAUCGAGCGACUCUUUCCCCUCAGCACCGCGGAGACCGAAAGUCUCACCGCGUCUGGCAGCGGUGCCCUGCCGUCCAUUCUCGCUGAUUGCAGGCGGGUCGUCGGGGUCGUGCACGGCAGGGUUUGCCUUGACCCGUGCAGUUGGUAGCAAUGUUGUCUUGAAUCCGUUCAACGUAACAAACCCCACAACACAUCAGAAGAUACAGUCACUCAGCACUGCCUCACAACAGGAUGAAAAGGUUCGAGUUGACAUGCCAGCUGAAGAUGACAAGAAAGAAGCAAAGAAACAUGCACCACACUUCAGAAUAGCAUUAAAGAAGCAGCCAGAGUUUUCUGGAGAUGAGAUGUCCCAUCCUAAGGCAACAACAGAUGACAGCAAGGAAGGGGAGGACGAUAGACAAUAUCUGCUCGCUCAUCCUAUAUGGUCAGACAAGGAACUGGAUAGCGUGGAGAUAACCCACAAACCGCCAAAAGGCUUUGCUGAUUGGUUUGCGUACAGCUGUGUGCAGACCCUCCGCUUCAGUUUUGACUUGUUUUCUGGCUAUAAGCGGGGAGAUAGGACAGAGCAGAAAUGGCUCAUUCGUAUUAUCUUCCUGGAGACUGUUGCUGGAGUGCCAGGGAUGGUAGCUGCCAUGACAAGACAUCUGCGUUCACUGAGGAGAAUGCAAAGAGACUUUGGAUGGAUACACACACUGCUUGAGGAGGCAGAGAACGAGAGAAUGCAUCUGAUGACUGCCCUGGAGCUCAGGAAACCGGGCAAGCUGUUCACGAUGGGCGUGCUUCUCACGCAGGGGCUCUUUGUGAAUAUGUUCUUCUUGGCCUACAUAUGCAGUCCCCGGUUCUGCCAUCGGUUUGUGGGUUACCUGGAGGAAGAAGCCGUCAUAACAUACACAAAACUCAUCCAGGACCUGGAUGACGGAAAACUGUCCGUUUGGGGAAACAUGGCUGCACCAGACCUUGCCAUUAGAUACUGGAAAAUGAAGCCCGAUGCCAUGAUGCGUGACAUGAUCCUAGCCAUCCGAGCCGACGAGGCGCAUCACAGAGAAGUCAAUCACUCACUGAGUGAUCUCAAGCCAGAUGAGAGUAAUCCCUUCCCACCUGGACAGUGAAGGGAGGGAUUAAGGUAAUCCUCCCAAAUCCGAUUACUUUGGAACAUACCAUUUGGAAGAUUCUAACUUCAGUAGGAUUAACAGGUGAAAGAUAGUGUACAUCACAAGUCUCUGCAGUUUAGCUAAAGGAAAAUUGCGGGGAUAAUGCUAAGGGAUUUGACGUUAAGGGUCAUAACGUUAAGAAACAUAAGUCAAAAGAUUAAGAGAAUAGACCUUUAUCAUGCUGCCACCAUUUCAGUCAUGUUCCCUGUGUCCAACAGUACUGAAUGAUAAUAUUUUUUGUGCAAAAAGGAAUCCAGACUAUUUUUCCUUCCAGCCUCGCUUUGGUUAAGUUGAUUUGAAUGGGAACAAAUCAAGAUGGGCACAACAUGAUAAUGGUCUAUAAGGCAAUAUUUUCAACAGUUGGUAAACUUGAACAAGCCCAAGAUUAUUGUAACUAACAUUGAAUAUAAUAGAUCACGAUAAUCCAUUAAUUUACUUUUUAUUUGUGUAAUCUCACAAAGAUAUAGAAUGGCAGAAAUAGGUUUUAAAAAAAUUACAGUACUCUUUUCACUGAAAACUAUAAAAAGAAAAAUAAGGAGAUGAUAAUUAACUUAAUAAAAUAAAACAUACAUGGUUAAUUUUCUGGUUAAUGCAAUAUUAAAACAAGAACCUUAGUCAGAUUAAACAGAUUAGCCCAAAUCAGUGCAAGUAGAAGGACCAAGCGGGAUCCGGCUGUACAGGGUUUAAAGUCACGUCAUGUUCUGUCACUCGAAUCAAAUUUCGUCAUUGGUGAGUUUGCUAGUUGUAAACUGAGCAGGUGUGCCAUGGAGCCAACCUAUGUGAAACUAUCUUCAAUAUCACACAAGGGGGAUUUUAAGUGGUAAAUAUGACUAAAUCUUACGGUGGCAUGGAAAAUUAUUUCAGAAGAAAAUUGAACAAUCCUGUACGCUGUCUAAAUAAUGACCAACUUGACUAAGAUUAAGUUUUCAUUGUACAGCUUAGCGUUAGCACUUUGUUGUAAAUCUCUCAUGUGGCAGGCCGCUCCUUACCAUUUAGCUUGUUGACACGUAGUUGGUGCUUGUGAAAUGGUGCAUUAGAUCAUUGUUACCGCGAUAUAUUAAGCAUUUUGUGUUUUGCCAUGUUUGCCGUGUCCCAUAAUUGUUCAACUUGAAAUAUUUAAUGUUCACCUUGUGCGACUCUUAAACGGUUCACGCCAGAGGACGUGUAUACCCGCAAAUAUUUUGCGGUAUUCGGAACGGAUGACAGAUAAACAUGCAGGGAGCGAGGCCGGUAAUACUCUGUCAGUGACCCGCUCGCAGCGAGCUAGACCGGAAAUAUGAGUGUGCUGCCCAAGGUUAUGGCCUCAACCCGCCUGGCUUGAGGUCGAGUGAAAAGUAAUCCCGUGCCUCGUUCGUUCUUGUCAAAAAGUGGUAAAGAGACAAAGUACUUGAACUAG